AAAAAUGCCAGGUGCAAAGGUUUGCCAGUCUUCUGAGACUACCGAAAACUGAGAACUUAACGCCAUCGCACCCUGGAACACGAAGGUAUGCCAUUCUUCUGAAACUUUUCUCAAGAAUCCUCGAGAAUAGUAUCAGAUAAUUUCUUCCUAAUUUAUUCCUUUUUUUUUUUUUGUUUCCCGCCGGAUGUCCGGGGCUUCGCCCGACUAAUCCGGACCGACCCCGUCGCGCACCUGGAAAUGGUGGGUGAGUCUCCCAACGGAGGGAGGCUGCUAUGAAUCCCUUACAAGAUAUUUUAACCUCUAAUUUCAAUCUAGAGAGCCACAAGAAAGAAGGUUACGAAGAAGGCUACAAUCACGACCUAAUAGCCGGCAAAGAAGAGGGCUGGCAAGUGGGACUAAAAUAUUGGAUUCGAAGUCGGCGAGGAGCUUGGUUUUUACAAGGGCUGCGUCCAUGUGUGGAAGUCUGCCAUCCGGGCGGAACCGACCUGGUUCUCAGCCCGGGUGCAGAAGGGUAUAGGGCAGAUGGAGGAGUUGAUUGAGAAAUACCCAUUUAUGGAUCCAGAGAACGAAAAUGUACAGGAGAUUAUGGACGCUUUAAGGAUUAAGUUUAAGGUCAUACGUGAAGCCUUGGGUGUGAAAUUGGAGUAUGAUGGGUACUCCAAACCCAAGAUUAUUGAGUUUUUAUUUUGGGAUUGUGAGCUGUAUGUUUAGCUAAUUUUCAGCAUGUUUGCAAUCUUUUUAUAGAAAGUGGAUGAUUGUAAAAAGCUUUUGUAUUUGAUUCCCCCCACUAGCUAGCUAUGACCGUAAAUUUUCAAGUCUGAUAUAUUUUUUCUCAUCAAAUUUGCUAUCUUAUCUUAUCAUUAUUACUGUUGUUCUGAAUUGACAUUAUUGCUUGAGAUUUGAGAAUUUUUCAAU